UCAGUUUUUGCUGUCUUCGUCUUCCUCAAGAAGAGUGAUGUGUUCUAUGCAGCAGUGUUCCUUCAAAGGUUCUUCAUCUCUACUUCGGACGAAUACCUUCAGAACCGAAAAAUACAUCUUUGCCCCUUUCGUUCUUCGGAUAUCUUCGUCUAGAACCCGUAAAUAUCCCUCAAUUCCAAGGGCAGUUUGUUCAGUUGAUGAAAUCCCCCCUAAUGCCCUUCGCCGGAGAACCGACCGGAACUGGAGAGGGGGGUUCAGUCUCGGAGUAGAUUUGGGAUUGUCUCGCACCGGCGUCGCGCUUAGCAAAGGCUUCUCUGUUCGACCGCUCACGGUUUUGUCAUUGAGAGGGCAAAAGCUCGAGCUGAGGCUCCUGGAAAUAGCUGAAAUGGAGGAGGUCGAUGAGUUCAUAAUUGGGUUGCCGAAAUCUUCCGAUGGGAAAGAGACAGUUCAGUCGAACAAAGUUCGGUCUGUCGCCGGACGGCUUGCCGUUCGAGCCGCCGAGAGGGGUUGGAGGGUUUAUGUGUUGGAUGAACAUGGGACAUCAUCAGAAGCUUCAGACAGAAUGAUCGUUAUGGGACUCAGCAAGAACGAGCGGAAGCAAAGAACAGACGCAUAUGCUGCGGUGAUAUUACUGGAGAGGUAUUUCUCUACUCGAGGUGUAGGAGCCGAAAUCAUACUGCCCAAAUGUCAGCAGCUUCAAGAGAAGAUCAAGAAGGGUUCUCCUCUGGAUCCGGACUUUUCCCCGGGAAAAUCCGAGGAGCAUUUCACCUUCUGAAUUAGGUUCGAAUCAACGAAAAAAACUGCCUUUUUAUACGGUCGAUGUCAAUCUGAUGAAGAGCACAUAUUUCAUCUUCAAACAGAGAUGAGAGCACUAAACAGAAGUUGUUCCAUUUCUGAUUGUAUAGUUUAGAUUUGGUAGCAUUUAGUUUAAAGCCAAAGCAAACAUUCUGAGUUCCUCUGUUAUGUGACAGAACUUCUGUCAUAAGCUGAACAAAGAUGCAAAGAAGACUGGGAAACUGAAUGACACACGUGUGCACUCCUCGAUAUCUCUCGCACGUGCGAGUUCCAAGUCUCUUUUCUAUGGUUAAUUCCACUCUUGCAAUGGCUUUCUCUUCUCUGUCCUCUAGGCUCUACCCAUGAAAUCCCUCAAUCUUCCAAAAUAACGUCAUUUUGGUUGUGUAUAUAAAUAUUCAUUUUGAAGGCACUUUGUAUCAAUGAAGAGUUACAUUUUGUA